AUGCUCACCGCGUUGUGGUCGCUGUCGCUUUUCAUCUAUGGCGCCGCCUGCGUCAAGGUCACGAACCUCGAUUUCAAUGUCACGUGGGUCAACCGCAAUCCUGACGCCCUACACGACAGGCCUGUAAUGGGCAUAAACAACCAAUGGCCCAUACCUGCUCUUCAUGUCACGAAGGGCGAGCAGUUGGUAGUCACGGUGCGGAAUCAUCUAGGCAACGAGACAACCAGCUUGCAUUGGCAUGGCCUUUACAUGAACGGUACUGCCCAUAUGGAUGGCCCGCCAGGCAUAACACAGUGCGAGAUCCCGCCUGGUGAUAGCAUUGUCUAUGACUUCAAAAUUGAUCAGCCAGGCACAUACUGGUUUCACUCCCACACAAGAGGUCAAUAUCCCGACGGACUUCGUGCUCCGCUCAUUGUACACAACCCGGAGGAUCCCUUUAAAGAUGAUUUCGAUGAGGAAGUUGUGCUGUCAUUCUCUGAUUGGUACCACGAUCUGAUGGUGCCGCUUCUGAAGUCUUUCAUCAGCGUCACGAAUCCAACUGGCGCUGAACCCGUGCCCAAUUCGGCUCUAAUCAACGAUUCGCAGAACGUCACCAUUGCUGUUCAGCCAGGGCGGACGUAUUUGAUACGCAUGGUGAACAUGGCUGCUUUUGCAGGCAUAUACGUGUGGUUUCAAGACUGCUCAAUGAGAGUCGUCGAAGUGGAUGGCAUCUACACUAAGCCCACUGAAGCAAGUAUGCUCUAUCUCACGGCGGGGCAACGGUAUUCUGUACUUCUCACUAUCGACAGCAACAGUCUGGCCAACAUUCCCUUUGUAGCAAGUAUGGAUGAGGAAUUGUUUGAUGAGAUUCCAGAUGGCUUGAACUCUAAUGUGACUGGGUGGCUCGUGGUUGACAGCACACAAGAAUUGCCCUCACCCGUGGAAAUUGAUCUUUUCGAUCCCUUGGAUGAUUUUUCGAUCCAACCGCUCGAUCAAUUGGCUGCACUCGACACUGUUGAUAGAACAGUCACGUUAGAUCUCAAGAUGGAUAACCUAGGAGAUGGCGCAAACUAUGCUUUCUUCAACGACAAUACCUACGUUGAACCGUGGGUCCCGACCCUUUACACAGUCAUGUCUUCUGGCGAAGAUGCCAGCAACCCAAUCGUGUAUGGCAGUCACACCAACUCGUUCGUGCUGGGUGGGAACGAGACAGUUGAAAUCAUUAUCAACAACAACGACGAUGGGAAACAUCCGUUCCAUCUUCACGGACAUGCCUUCCAAGUCAUAGCGCGCUCAGACGAAGACGCCGGAAGCUAUUUGGCAGAUACUGCAGCGAAAGUAGCAUCCGUUCCCAUGAGACGCGAUACUGUACUGGUUCAACCCAAUGGCCAUGCGAUUCUCAGAUUCCGCAGCGACAACCCUGGAGUCUGGCUGUUUCACUGCCACAUCGAAUGGCAUGUUGCCUCCGGCCUCAUCGCAACCUUUAUCGAAGCGCCGCUCGAGAUUCAGAAAUCGACCAUUAUCCCACCCGAGCACUACAGUCUCUGCGCAAGAAACAGCCCGCCGAUUUCUACUCUAGGGAACGCUGCUGGUAAUACCGUUGAUCUGCUCGAUCUCAGAGGCGAACCUGCGCCCCCGGCACCCUUGCCUGCCGGAUUUACUACUAAAGGAAUUUUCGCGCUAGUAGUUAGUACCCUGAAUGGACUUGCGAUGGUAGCGGCUAUUGCGUGGUAUGGACUAUCACAAGCUCCAGCUUCAGAGUCUGGCCCAGCGGGUGCAGAAGUACCAGAGGGCGAGAAUCAGCCCCUUUUGCGGACGACAGACCAGCGGGAAGAAUGA